CAACAGCACACUAUUUCUCCUAGUUCAUGGCUGCAGCGCGUCGCUGCGGGCGACAUGCAAGCCACGGCGAAAGGCUUCAACACUGGGGCACAUACUUUGUUCAAUUCAGCACGCAUCGGCUCGUCGGCACCACUGCGUGCAACCUACGCCUGCAGCCUGCAGCGCUUCAGCUCCUCCGUUAUUUUGCAACACACUUAUAAAGCAACUUGCAUAGAACAGUCCUGCGCAGCCGCUGGGGCGAAACACAUCGCACAAGCACAACGGGUGUCAGUCAGCACUGAUACCAGCACUGCAGCGGGCGACGAUGCAGCUCGCCUUGAGUCGCCCUCCCCGGGGCCCUCUCCCGGGCCCACGGACUCCCCCGCCCCCGUCCUGGUGGUGGACGGAACCAACCUGCUCAUGCAGUGCCGUGCGGACAGGGGCUGGGGCGUGUCGCACGCGGAGGCCUUCGAGGCCUGGCUGCAGUCUCUGCAGCGGUUGACGCGCGCAGGCCCGACGUACGUGGUCUUUGACAACAAGCGGGGCAAAGCAGCCGGGGGCCGCGGCGGUCCGGGGAGAGGAAGUGCUGCUGCUGGGGCGGGGGUGGCGGUGGCAGUGCAGGAGGAGCGGCGGGUGCUGGUGCCGGGCUAUCUGGACAAGCGGCACGCCAAGGGCGGCCGCGGAGGGAGCCAGCGCGGGUCCCAGGGCGGCACAGGCGGCGCGGCGGCCGCCGAGCAGAAGCGCUCAGAUAUUCUGCCCGUUUGCAUCAGCAGCGCAUCUCGGCAUGAGCCACUGCCACAGUCACGGCCGGGGGCGGGGCCUGCUGCUGCUGCUGGUGCUGGUACUGGUGCCCACUCCUCCCCAGGGCCGCCGCAGCCGCGGCACCCGCGCCUGCAUGAGGUGGAGUGCCUGAUGGACAUGCCGCCCUCGCACUUGGCGCCCUUUGUGGCGGCAAUCCGGCGUGCCGGCGGCCUUGCCCUGUACGGCGCACCCGGCCUGGAGGCAGACGACCUGAUCGCCUCCCUAACAGCGGGCCUGCUGACACUGCCGCCGCCGCCAAAGCAGCAGCAGCAACCGGGCCUGUCUGCCGGGCAGCAGUGCCAGCAGCACCAGCAGCAGCAGCAGCACCAGCAGCAGCAGCAGCACCAGCAGCAGCAGCAGCAGCAGGAGGGGCAGGAGGGGCAGCAACAGCAGCGGCAGGAGCAGCAGCAAGGCGCCCAGGACGGGCCAGCCACAGCUGCCCCUGCCGCACCACCGCCGCUGCGUGUGCUGGUGGCGAGCGGCGACGCGGACAUGCUGCAGCUGCUGGCGCUGCCGGGUGUGGCCUGGCUGGAGCUGAGGCAGCUCAGCCGCGCCGCCAGCGCACAGGAGCCGCCGCCGCUGGCAGUGUCGGUGUCGCCCGCUCUGGUGGCUUUCAGCCACACGCAGCCGCCCACGUCAGGCGUUAUGGGAGCCGCAGCUGUGGGCCCGGGAUCGGAGCUGCUGCGGCUCCAUCAGGCAGCUUCUAGUUCCUUGGGCGCCGGGACAGAACAUGUUGGGUCAGCGGCAUCUGGGUCAGCGCCUCAGCAGCUGCUGCCGCCGGCGGCGUACCCAGACCUGCUGGCGCUGGUCGGCAAGCCGGAGGCGGGGGUGGUGGGGGCGGGGGUUAGUGCCAAGUCGGCACGCAACCUGCUGCUGCGGUACGGCAGCGUAGAGGGGCUUGCGCGCGCGUACGACGAUGGAGAGCUGGACGACGCGCUGCGGCUGACACCGCUGGGGAACGCACGAGCGUCUGCAUGCGUGCGGACUGGGCAGGCUGCAGCACCUGGAGAAGGGCCGGCGACAACGACGUCGGCAGCGCCGUCAGGGGCAGGCGGCGGCGGCGGCGGCGGCGGCGGCGGCGGCGGCGGCAGCGGUUGCAAGGAGCGCGGUGCGCGGCAGUCGCAGGCGGUGCAGCGGGCUCUGCGUAACGUCCGCGUGACGCGCAUGCGGACAGACCUGUCCACGGUGCCUUGGGGUCGGGUGCAGGCGUACCAGCAGGAGCGGCAGCAACAGCGGGUGGAGCAGGAUUCAGCGCAGGCGCCAACCGCGCCGCUGGGGUCCUCAGCGCUGGCGGCGCUGCCGCUGUCACUGCCGUUGCACCCGCAUGACGCGAUGCAUGCAGCCUCCGCCGCGCCCUAUGUCGCAGCGCUGGCGGCGGCGCUGGCGGCUCGCGGCCUGGCCUGCCUCGUGUUCCAGAUGGGCCCUCGGGGCGGCCUGGUGGACCUGAGCCUGACCUUCAGCGUCCAGCCCAGCGGCCUAGCUGCGGGGCCCGGUGCUGCUGCGGCUGUUGGCGGUGGCGGCGAGGGAAGGGGCGAGAGCAGCGGCGUGGGACGGAUGGCAGCGGCUGGAGCCUCUGCCGCAGCUGGAGCGCAGGCGCUGCAGGGUGUGGGACUGGGCGGCGUGUCGGCUGCGGCGGUGGAGCGUGUGGCUUCGGAGCUUGCGCGCCUUGCUGGCAGCGCAGCAGGAGCAGCAGGCGCUGGUGUUGUAGCUGACGAUGGCGACGGCGGCAGGAACGCCGCUGGCAGCCGCGACACAGGCGUCAGCGGACGGGCUGCCUCCAGUCCGGGUGCUGGUGUGGCACUCGGCUGCCUGGGCCCGCUGAACCCGGCUUAUGAACGUGCCCCAAUGUACGUGUGUGUGCUGUCGCCAUGGGACUUUGAUGCGGACGCGCCGGCCCUGCAGAAGGCCCGAGGUGGCGUUGGCAACGGGAGUGGCAACGGAAGUGGCAAUGGCAGCACCAACAGCAGCACCACACGCAGCAACAGCGGCGGCAGUGACACGAGAUCUGAGCCGCAGGCGCCAGCUGCUUCAGCCGCCGGCAGUUCAGACGUGUUCUCGCGGACAGACCCGCAUGCGCGGCUGGCGGCGCUUGCGAGCUCUCUGCGGCGGGCGGCGGGGCCGCGGCAGUCGCUGUGCAACACGCCUAACGCGCUCCGGGCCCUACUUCGCCCCACCAGCGCGUGGCGACUCAAAGGCCUGCAGCGAGUGUUGGCCGGCGGUGGGAAUGCAGGGGCAGGAGGCGAUGUGCAGAAACCAUCAGAUCAGGGAGCUGGCCGCGCCAACGCGCUGGCCGUGGUGCCUUUCUACGAGUUGCUGCAGGCUGAGGUGACGGGACCCGAUAGCGUUCUGGUCUAGAGACGCCACCGGGGUGGAAAGCCUCGAGCAGUUGCCUGAAAAGUGUACGCAAUCCGAGUGGGUUUCGACGGAGGGGUACUGCAUUGUGAGGCUGCUAGCGCCCGCCAUCUGAGGGACGCAUACGUGUUCCUUGCCGGUUUGACGCGGCAGCAGGCAGCUCUGUAAGACUAUAGCCCCGCAACGCACGGCCCUCCGUGUAAUUGGCACUUCGUUGAGUUGACAAUUUGUGGUCACCAUCGGGAGGCCCCGUACACCAGGUUGGAAAUAGCGGUCGUGUGGAUGGGGAAAUAGCCGCCGUGGCAUCAGGUUGGACUCAGCUGGACCUGAACAGAUUGACUGGAUGUGCAUGGGAUUCAGCUGUACAGGCCUCCUUGAAUAGAGCGUGAAUGUACGUACCGUACUUACCG